GUGCAUGGAACACCGGAGAAGAGGCCAGUAGAUCUGGGUUUUGUCCAGGGGGCUCUGGGUUUAAAGCUCUCUACAACCACUUGUAGCUCAUUUUCCCUGUGACUUGCUUGAGUACAACUUCUUUCUUUGUCCAAGCUGUUAAAAAUCUAAAAUUUUACUCAUCAGAUUCUUUUAGUUGCGUGACAGAUCAAGCCUAUCCUUGAGCAAGAAUGGAAGCUAUCAAGAAAAAGAUGCAGAUGUUGAAGUUAGACAAGGAGAAUGCCAUUGACAGAGCAGAACAGGCUGAGACGGAUAAGAAGGCAGCUGAGGACAAAUGCAAGCAGGUAGAGGAUGAGCUGGUAGCUCUGCAGAAGAAGUUGAAAGGAACUGAAGAUGAGCUGGAUAAGUACUCAGAGGCUCUCAAAGAUGCCCAAGAGAAACUGGAGCAGGCUGAGAAGAAGGCCACUGAUGCUGAAGGUGAGGUGGCAGCUCUGAACAGACGCAUCCAGCUUGUGGAAGAGGAAUUGGAUCGUGCCCAGGAACGACUGGCCACAGCCCUGCAGAAACUGGAGGAGGCUGAGAAAGCAGCAGAUGAGAGUGAGAGAGGAAUGAAGGUUAUUGAGAACAGAGCAAUGAAAGAUGAAGAGAAAAUGGAAAUUCAGGAAAUGCAGUUGAAGGAGGCCAAGCACAUUGCUGAAGAAGCCGACCGCAAAUAUGAGGAGGUUGCCCGUAAACUGGUUAUUUUGGAGGGUGAACUGGAAAGAGCUGAGGAGCGUGCAGAGGUGUCUGAAGUUAAAUGUAGUGACCUUGAAGAGGAGUUAAAGAACGUCACAAACAACCUGAAAUCUUUGGAAGCUCAGUCUGAAAAGUACUCGGAAAAAGAAGAUAAAUAUGAAGAAGAAAUCAAGAUUCUCUCUGACAAGCUGAAAGAAGCUGAAACUCGUGCAGAAUUUGCAGAGAGAACUGUUGCCAAACUGGAAAAGUCUAUUGAUGACCUGGAAGAAAAACUUGCUCAAGCCAAAGAGGAGAACUUGGGCUUGCACCAGACACUGGACCAGACGCUAAAUGAACUGAACUGUAUAUGAGAAGCGCAGAGCUGACAGCAACCAACAGGAACCAGCCCUGUGCCUGCAUCGCUGCAUCGCUCUCUCCUUUCUCUCUCUGUAUCCUGGAACAGCCAAUUAAGUUAUGACCAGCACAGCCUCACGACAGGCUCUGGGCGUCCCUCGGGGCCAUCUCAUCCCGGGGAGCCCCAGCCGCGCCGGGGCCGUGCGUGUCCCAUCCCGUGGCUGCUCCUCACGGUUCGUUAGUCUUUUUAUAUAAACCCCGGUAGAAGCUGCGCCCGAGCGGUGGUGCCACCCCCGCGGGCCCCUGUCCCUGCCGUUUCAUAUUAAACACUUUCUCACAGUA